AGCAACGAAUAUAGCCUAGCCUACUGGAACUGACCUGAACUAGCAAUGUUCUCCAGAUCAGACAGCAUGGUCCUCUCAUUACCGACAAACGCUUUCUUCCAGCCGCAGCAACAGUUCGGCUUCAGACCGAUGGAGCCGCGCAACACCGAGCCGGAGAUCUUCACUUUCGAGCGGAUCCCGGAGCCGCAGCGGCACGCGUUCAAUCCCCGCGGAGCUCCGCAACGCCCGCGCAAGAAAAACACCCGCGUCAUGUACCCCUCCAAAGUGCGCAAAUAUCUGCCACCGGCCGAGAAGAGCCCAGCCAAGCGCUGGCUGCUCGUCCUGUGCCUGGUGGUGUUCCUGCAGAUCUACACGGAGGAGGGAUCCGUUGAGACGAUGCAGAGUGAAGCACCAACCUUCACCGAUGCCACCGCGUACAAUGUCCUCCCUUUCCAGUCUGCUGAGGAGCAAGCCAGACAGAUGAUGGGCAAGUUCCCUGAAGACGUCAGCCAGUCCUGCAGCGAGGAAGAGGAGAAGAAGGAGAGCACUUGGCUCCUGAACACUACAUGCCCAAGCUCAAGCUUGGAGGAAGACUUCACCACUCUUUACCAGCAGAGCCGGAGGAAUGGAUACGUCGUGGCCCUUCUCUACCCUGUGUAUCAUAGACUCGGCACAGAGAACUGAAUGAACUCAGAAUCAAGUUUGUGGACUAACCAAGACAAGUCAAAGACUUUGAACAUUCUUUGAGAAGAGAAAUAGGCUCCUGUGGUUCCUAGUGGUGCCUGGAGAACUCAUCUGGUCCAGCUGGACCUCACAGCGUGGUGAAAAACACAAUCUGAGAAGACAUUCGAUGGACUUGAAUGACGAACAAACUUAUUAUGGAAUGAAACUUGAAUGGCUCAUUUAGAUUUACUUGAAAAUGUUUCACUUGAAGUGUAUAGAUUUACAUAGCCUCACAAGUAGACCUGUUAUAUGUUUAAACUAAUGAGAGUGUCACAAUGAACAUUUGUGUUGCUGAACGCUGCCGCUCGCAGAAAUACUUGAAUCUCAAAUUGAUCAUUUUAUGUGUUAUAUGAAGAACUAUUUGCUGUAGAUAAUUAUUUAAUGUUAUUUAUUUAUUGUUAUUGACGUAUUUAUUUCCUAUUGCCUUGUGAAAAUAAACUGACAUUUGCAUCUUCAA